AUGCUGACAUUUUAUGAUAAACUUUCACAAGAUUUUACCAAAAUUCUUGAAAGUGAAUACAAUUAUGAUACAAUUAUCGAAGUUGGUGAACAACCAGAUACUCAACUUUUCAUGGUACAUUCUGCAAUCUUAUAUCAACGCUCUUCUUACUUUCAACAGAAAUUAGCAAAUACGAUUAAAGGAAAUAAUAUCUUUAAUAUUAAAUUGCCCAAUAUAUCUGUUAAAACAUUUAAUAUUGUUAUUAAAUAUAUUUAUGGUGGAAUAGUCUCUUUAGAGAACCUUGAAACUUCUAACAUACUUGAUCUUUUGAUCACUUUCAAUGAAUUUAAUUUUUCAGAAUCUGUUGAUCGUCUUCAAACUCUCCUUAUUGAAGAUAAUGCAUCUUGGCUUC